UUUGAGACAUAGAGGUGUACCUAUUUAACACACGGAUAACGUGCUUUUAAAAAUUAUUCCUCACCCAAUAAAGGCCAUCAUCAUGCCGAAAUCCAAGCGCGCCAAGGUUGUCUCUCUCACUAAAACCCAUGCCAAGACUCGCGAAGAUAAAGAUCGACUUAUUCUGCAGAUCCGUGAGUCCCUGGAUGGUUACUCAGAUGUCUACACCUUCCGUCUCCACAAUACCCGUACAAACAUCCUCCAGCAUAUUCGCGUUGAGCGCGGUGAUGACAGCCGUCUUUUCCUCGGCAAUAACAAACUGAUGGCGAUCGCGAUAGGUCGCGAUGAAAAAGUCACCCAGCGGCCCGGCCUUUACAAGCUUACACCUUUUCUUUCCGGUCUCUGCGGGCUUCUUCUGACGAACCUAAGUAAACACCAGGUGAAGGAGUACUUCGCGCAGGUCGGCGCGGCUGUCUACGCCCGGACGGGGCAGACGGCGGCUGCGUCUCUGGUCCUGCCGGCUGGGCCGCUCACGCAGUUCCCACACAGCAUGUUUGAUCACCUCGCGAGAUUGGGCCUACCGAUUAAACUCGAUAAAGGCGUAAUUAUCCUAUUGCAGGAUACGACGGUCUGCGAGGAGGGAGAUACCUUGAGUGCGGAAGCUGCGCAGCUUCUGAAGCUCUUCGGGGUGCAGUCAGCGGAGUUUAAAAUUGAACUUACUGCGCAUUGGUGUAAUGGGGUGGCGAAGAAGAUCGGCACCAAAAAAAUCGCUAGCUAGGCGAAGAGGCAAUGCGGCUCAGUAGGUUUGUGUUUGUGUUUGUUUGUAUGAGUGAAAGGGGGAUGAUUGUGGUAUUUACAAAUGUUGCGAAGAUGGGAUCUUUAAACGAUCGACGUUGCUACUUUCGUGGUAACACAUCUUUUGAUUUUGAUUUUAAACUAAGAAUUUGUUUCUAAAAUAUAAAUGAACGUCUAAGCAGGUAAACAUAUGCACACAUGAUACGCAGCGAGCAAUGCACGUUCAACAUCCACAUUAUUUGUACUUAAUUUGCGUGUUGUGUCAAGUAAUUGUUUUGCUGUACAUUUUUUUCCAGU